AUGACAAUUUCGGGCUCUGAAAAAGACGAAAGGAUGAAGUGCACUCUGGCGUUACUUGUGCUGUCCAUGGUGGUCAUGAUGGCCGAACCUGGAGAGGGCUUUUUCGGAUUGAUUACCCACGCUAUUAAGGGCAUCCAUAAGCUCAUCCAUGGGAAACAGCAGCUGGCUGAUGAGCAGGUUGCCCAGGAGCAGCAGCAGCUGGAACAGCUGGACAAGCGCUCCUUUCAAAACGUCCACGCAAACCAUCGUGUCCACUAGACGGAAGAUGGCCCGUCCCGGGAUGAAAACACCAAGCUCCCGGUCAUUCAUUUUGACAAAUUGCUAGCGGCUCGAUAAAUUAGCUGUAGCUCACAUCAAAGCCGUUUUUUCUGCUUUUAUCUAAUCAUCUGGUAAAAUGAAUAAAUUUUAAAAAUGAUGUCAAACAGCUGCUUCUGUCUGUCUCCUGCUAUAACCUCACCGGGGGUGUCAAAUGUUGAAAUGCUAAUAAAUGGAUUGAAGCGGACUGAG